AACCCCGUUUAUUCUGUUUAGAUAUUAAAUAUAUUAACUGCUACAGAAAGGAAAAAAAUGACUUCGUUUUUCAUUAGACCUACAGCCUAUUUAGUUCUUAGUUUUUCUCAGUGCAUAUGGCACAGGCUAGUGCGAACCACAUUUUGCAUAUUUCUUGUUUAAUUAUAAUUUUUCGGGGCUCACCUAAUGAGCGCACUCCACUUGGCCAGCGAUCUUGUUUGGGAGGCGCGUGCCGCCAAGCGACACGACACUUUGGGUGGAUUGCCACAUCCAAGUUGGAGCGAAGCGUAGCUCUGGCCUGGUAAUCAGUUGGCUGGCUUGUAUAUAAGCAGCCUAGGACUACCCAGAUUAAUUACUUCGAUUUCGAUCUUUGCCGCGUGCAUUUCAAUACCCAAAGAGUUCUGAAAGGACCAAAUACCACACAAAAUGAUGGGAAAAGCUACCUAUUUGUUGUGCCUGUGCCUGUGCCUGGCCAGCGCCGUUUGGGCCAUUGAAUUGCAGGCGGAGCCGGACUACGGACCAGUGGCCUACGAGUUCCAGUGGUCGGUGAACGAUCCCCACACCGGCGACAUCAAGAGCCAAAAGGAGACCCGCAAGGACGACAAAGUUGAGGGCGUCUACGAGCUGAUCGACUCCGAUGGCUAUCGCCGCAUAGUGCAGUACAAGGCGGACGAUCACAACGGCUUCGAGGCGAUUGUCCAGCGUGAGCCCACGGACAUCAAGAUACCGCUGCCGGAGCCACCCAAGAAGCUCCUGGCCGCCAAGAUCCUGACUCCUGUGCUGCCGGUGGCGCCGCUCGUCCACUACGCCGCUCCCAAGGCCAUCAUCAAGCAGGAGUUGUCCGCCGGUAACUAUGUCUCUGUGUCCGGACCCACAGCACAGUACAAGUACUGAAAGGAUCUAGUGACUGACUUCAGCUGCAUCAACCCAUUAGGAUCCCCGCCUCGACCUGGGAAAACUCACUGCCAUACAUCGUAGUUUAGUUACAAAUAAGACAAUUGAGUGUACAUAGACAGCUUACAUUAACCUACUAUCAAUAUAUGCAUCCCAUUCAAUUUGUUCGCAGAGGAACACAAAAAAACUUGGAUUUUUAUUACGGCAACUAUGGGAAAAAGUUAUAAUAGGGUGUUAAGUAUAUAUAUAUACUUCUAGCUCUUACUGAGCUUGUCUUAUAAACAUGUGUACAUAUAUAAUUGCAGAUCAGUAAAGAAAAAGCAUAACCGCAUUAUGACAGUUCACAAGAAUGGCACAAAAAGUGUGCGAUUAUUAAACUUAAAAAAAAAGUGUUGAAUGAAAUGCUUCACUUAGUUCAACUCGAUUGUGAGUUUGGCUGCUCAGUGAAGUCGUAUCAUAACAUUUGCGAAUUGAUGUCUCAUAAAACGAUGCGUCAUGAUACAGGUGGCUGCGAUACUGUGAUAAGCAUAAACUAAUGCUAUCGCCGCCAGACGCGACAUGGCCCAUAGAUGACUCUAAUCUCACGUAGCUGCUGCCACUUUGGGGGCGUCCAAUUACCGCCGCAGUCGACGUCGUCGAUAGUGAUUCUAUUGGAUUUGGCUAACGCUCUGGCCAUCGGAUCAAUGGAGCAUCAGUGCGAAAAUGGUCGGCUGCCUGGAGACACGACAACUACUGGUCACAUUGCUAUUGGCCCUUGGCUUUUGCCUUGGCGGUUCGAAGGAUGCAGUUCCGGACGCGGAUGCCAAGUGGAUGGCCCCACUCAAGCAGUAUGGAUAUACGCCGCAGCAUCUGAAGAACAAA